GACUUCAGGGUCACCAUUGUGUCCGCCCGGAACGUGCGCGGGGCGGACAUCCUGGGGGGCAAGUCGGACCCCUACUGCGUCUGCGAGGUUGUGGGCCGCCGGAAUCAGAACAAGCAGCAGACGCCCACAGUCAGCAACACCAACGACCCGAAGUGGAACUACACGUUUGAGGUGAAGGACUGCGCUGGCGAGGAGGACCUCAAGUUCACUAUCUAUGACAGCGACGUGGGGUCACGCGACGACGUUGUGGGUGUCGGCACCCUGCAGGCCCACCAGUAUUUCCCUGAGGGCUGGGACGGAGAGCUGAGGCUCGGCAGCACCAAGGGCGAGGCUUCUUUCCUCAAGGUUCGCGUGGUGCCCGCUGAGCCAUCGUACGAGGCGCACGGGGUGGGGAUGUUUGCAGAGGUGACGCUCUCGCGCUAA